AUGGAUCAACAGACACAUCACCGUCGGUUGCCCUCGUCCUCGGCUGACGAGUCAAAUCAGCGGCUCGAUAUAAACGAGUCUUCGCAGCACGAGGUGCCUCCCGGCACCUAUGGUGCAGAUGCAUCCUCCAGCGGCCUAGGACUCGGCUUGGAUCAGCAGCCGCAACCGUCGCCGCAGCAGCAGCAGGUUUCCUUUGUGAGCGCCGCAAGCUUCGACUCGCUCGCCAGUGAGCCCAACUUCCUUCACCCGCACCAACCCCCGCACAACACGUUCGGCCAGUCUAGCAUCUCUGAUCCAGCGGUGCUCUUCGACCCCAGCUCACCCUUUGGGCAGCCCGGUGCUGGCGCCGACGCUGCCGCCGCCGGCCUAUCCUUCCCCUCCCAGUCCCAGCCCACCACGUACAUGGACGAAGGUGACUUCUCUCUCUUCCCAUCCCUAAACCAGGGAGAUCAGUUCAACCAACCCCUAUUCGUGCACCCAAGCCUCGGUUCCAGCGUGACCAACAUGGCCUCGUCCCAGUCGCACCAAUCCCCCCCGACAAAUCUCCUACAUGACAGCCGCCACUCAAGUUCUGCUCGGCAUUCGUCUUCCUUCAGCAGCCACAACACUCUGUCGCCGGUUGGGACCCACUCCCGACAGGUCUCUCUUGGCCCCGAAGCCGCCCUCCUCCCCAACCAGCUGGGCGACUGGUCCCAGCCUCAGUUUCAGGGACAUAGGCGAAGCCCUUCGGAGUUGUCGGAUGUUUCAUCCGUCUCCCCGUCUCCGAACCUCGUCGGCGCCGACUCGUUCGACGAUCGCCACGGCGGUCAUUCCCCCCUGCAGAGACCGUCCGAUGCCAGCCUCUAUCAAGAAGUUCUCGGCAUCGGCGCCUUCAGCAUCGGCGACAACCAGGGACGAAGCCCUUCCCUCAGCCCGGCCAUCAGUCCCCGCAUGGACCCGCGGCAGAUUCCCGAGCUGCACCAACCAGGUUUCGGCCUUGUCCCUCCGGGAGGCUAUAGGCCGUACUCCGGCAUGCACCCAACGGCCGACUCGUUCCCCUCCCUGCACGGCUCCGGCCCCGGCCCCGGCCCAGGGGACAUCCCUCAGAUGGCUCCUCCGUCCAUCAACAUCGACUUUGCGCCUAGCAACGCAAAAGCCGGCGUGUUCGAGCCGGCCAAAUCACACCUGGACCAGGACUCGCUGACACCGCCGGAAAGAGGCAGGCUCAAGUCUCGUCCUCGUUCGGUGACGGACCCUUUUCAUCCUGGCGGAUCCAGCGUCGGCCGGCCGAGCAGCUCGAGCAGCUUGUCGCCCAUCUCUGGCUCGUCUCUGUCCCCGCGAUCUGGCGCAGCUCGCUCGCUCUCGCCCCUCGAUCGACAGUCCACGGCAUCUCCUCGCGGGAGGAGGCAGUCGACAUCGGCCGUGCCGAAUAACGUGAUUGCCUUGCGACUUGCGGAUCCGGAAUAUCAGAACAACCAAGACCUUGGCGCGUCCAAGCGAGCGCAGAAACACCCGGCGACGUUUCAAUGCACCCUGUGUCCCAAGAGAUUCACGAGAGCGUACAAUUUGCGCUCUCAUCUGAGGACCCACACGGACGAGAGGCCCUUCGUUUGCACCGUUUGCGGGAAAGCGUUUGCUCGGCAGCACGACCGGAAACGACACGAAAGCCUGCACUCGGGCGAGAAGAAGUUUGUGUGCAAGGGCGAUCUGAAGGUGGCCGGCCAGUGGGGUUGCGGUCGACGAUUUGCUCGCGCCGACGCGCUCGGCCGACAUUUCCGAUCCGAAGCCGGCCGCAUCUGCAUCAAGCCGCUUCUCGACGAAGAAAUGAUGGAGCGGCAACCGCAGUGGCAGGAACAACGGAUGCAGCACAGCAUGGGCCAGAACAUGGCGGCGCCGCAAGCCGUCGGCAUGGACUCCGCGCCCGGAUAUCAUCCGAUGAAUACGUACGCGCUGCCUGCCGCCUUGCUGGCCCAGUAUCCGGCGCUGGCGCAGAUGAAUUGGUCCCAACCUGAGGCCGCCGGCGGGAUGGAUGAUGACAUGAGCGGCCGGUCAUCGUUCGACGCCAGCGACUAUGACGAUGGUGACGACGGUGGCUACGCCAGCGGUCCCGCCGUUGGGUACUAG